AUGCGACCCGUCCUGCAACGCGCAAGCACCGCCCUGGCCAGCCUCGUCAAGUCGGACUCACGCCCUUCGACGUCAGCAGGCCUCAAGCGCGCCGACUCUGGCUACGACUCUGUUCACUACGGCGGCCGCCCCAACAACAACAACAACAACGACGACGACGACGACGAUGACGACGACGAUCAACCAGAGGCACGCCCCAAGGCUGUGGGCUACUCCAAGGGCCGCGCGCUGAUCCCCACAAACACCAUCAAGCUCGAGUUUUCAAAUUACGCGCAUCUCGAUGUCAAGCGGCGCGGAGCCAAGUCGUACAAGAAAUACGCGUUUGAGUACUGGGGCCACGACUAUUCGUGGAAGCGCAUCAUCAAGAAGGAAGGCCAGCAAGAGACCAUUUCCUACUACUUGGUGCGCGACGACAACGACAAGGAGCCCCUUGCGCACAUUUGCCCGGUGCGCGUGAGCCCCAGCGAAGCCCAUGAGGAGGCCGCCAGGGGUGGCUGGGUGCCGCCGUGCUAUAUGCGCAUCACGGACGAGAAGGUGCUCAAUUCCGACUCGGACAUAUCGGAUGUUGUCGUUGCCACGGGCCUCAUUGCACUUGUGGAUGACUGCAUCAAGCGCCGCUUCCACUCGCAGCAGAGCACGCAUAUGCACAUUCCGCUGCUGCGCAACUCGUCGUUCAAAAUGGCCAAUCUGGAGUACAUUGGGCCCAAGCGGCUGAUUGACGAGGUGUUUAAUCGCAAGCAGUACGACGGCGGGCAAUCCAAGCGACAGGCCGCGCCGGCUGUGCGUCGUGUGCCGACCUGA